GGUUUUAACUAUAUGAUCAUGUAAAAUAAUAAAACAAAUUUGACCACAACCCAUCAACCAACUUUAUCCAAUAUCCUUGUUCCAACCCAAUCCACCAUUACUCACUCCUUAAGCAAUGAACUGGAACCAAAUGGUUCGGUUUUUUUCUGCAGUAGUUGGUAUUUGUGUGUAGCUGGUGGCCACCUUGCUAAGCUAAUCUACCUUACAAUCCACUAAGAUGUUUCAACAAUCAGGUCAGCAGAAGGUGGUGCACCGAUUCCAUUCCUACAAUCUGAUUCCAUUCCUGAACCUAAACCAACUCGAUCCAACUGAAUAUUAAUCUAAUUCAAAAUUAUAUGAACUUGACAGGCAUUAGUCUACCAGAAGAGACAAAGCAACUUUACGUAGUCUCAAAGCUGAGGAAAAACACGAGAAAGAAAAUGGAACCAUCUUAUUAAGGGCUUUGCUUAGAAUUCUUGUUUCUAGACAGAGACACACACCUAACCAAGCAAAAACGACAGGGAUGCAGACUUCUUGACCAGUUUCAUGGCUCCCUCCCUUUAUUUAUAGGGGUGAGUUGGAGAGUCAGCCAUUCAAUCCAAACCCAGACUGAAAGGGAGGAAAAGGAGAAGAAAAACACUAACCCAAAAGAGGAAUAGACAGCUGCUUUGGAUCAAUGGCUUCUUCCUCCUCCUUCUUCUGUCUUGGGUUCAUCUGCCUUCUGGUCUGCCUCCUUCCAGCUUCCGUGGACUGCAUGGUUCGUCAUUACAAGUUCAACGUGGUGAUGAAAAAUACUACGAGGUUGUGUUCGAGCAAGCCGAUUGUGACUGUGAAUGGCAAAUUCCCAGGGCCAACCCUGUAUGCUAGGGAAGAUGACACAGUGCUAGUGAAAGUUGUCAACCAUGUCAAAUACAAUGUUUCCAUCCACUGGCAUGGCAUUAGGCAGAUCAGGACUGGUUGGGCCGAUGGACCAGCAUACAUCACCCAAUGCCCUAUCCAGCCAGGGCAGAGCUAUGUGUACAACUUCACCAUCACGGGGCAGAGAGGAACACUUCUGUGGCACGCACACAUCCUCUGGCUGAGGGCAACCGUCCAUGGAGGCAUUGUCAUCUUGCCGAAACGGGGCGUUCCUUAUCCGUUCCCAGCUCCCCACAAGGAAGUCGUUGUUGUAUUAGCGGAAUGGUGGAAAUCAGACACAGAAGCUGUGAUCAACGAAGCCACGAAAUCAGGAUUGGCACCGAAUGUCUCCGAUGCCCACACCAUCAACGGUCAUCCUGGUCCUGUUUCCAACUGCGCGUCACAGGGAGGCUUCACAUUGCCAGUCCAGGCAGGCAAAACGUACAUGCUAAGGCUAAUCAACGCUGCACUAAACGAAGAGCUCUUCUUCAAAAUUGCAGGCCACAAACUUACAGUAGUGGAGGUUGAUGCCACCUAUGUCAAACCAUUCAAAACAGACACUGUCCUAAUCGCUCCAGGACAAACCACAAACGUCCUUGUCUCAGCAGAUCAAAGCUCGGGGAAAUACCUGGUGGCUGCCUCGCCGUUCAUGGACGCCCCAAUCGCCGUCGACAAUAAGACCGCCACGGCCACCGUCAGCUACGCCGGCACCCUCUCCAGUACCCAAACAACUCUGACAAUCCCACCUCCCAAGAACGCCACCGCAGUUGCCAACGCUUUCACAAACUCCCUCCGAAGCCUCAACUCCAAGAAAUUCCCCGCCGCCGUCCCGAAGACCGUCGACCACAACCUCUUCUUCACGGUCGGGUUGGGAAUCAACCCGUGCCCGACUUGCAAAGCCGGGAACGGCAGCAGAGUGGUCGCGAGUAUCAACAACGUUACAUUUGUAAUGCCCACCACAGCUCUCCUUCAGGCGCAUUUCUUCAAACAGAAAGGCGUCUUCACCACCGAUUUCCCGGCCAACCCGCCCCACGUCUUCAACUACACGGGAACCCCGCCGGCGAAUCUGGCGACCACGAAAGGGACGAAGGUUUACAGGUUGGCUUACAAUUCUACGGUUCAGCUGGUGAUGCAGGACACCGGGAUCAUCUCGCCGGAGAACCACCCGAUCCAUCUCCACGGAUUCAAUUUCUUCGCGGUGGGGAGAGGAAUCGGGAAUUACAACCCUAAAACGGACCCGAAGAAGUUCAAUCUGGUUGACCCGGUUGAGAGGAACACCAUCGGAGUCCCUUCGGGCGGUUGGGUCGCCAUCCGGUUCCGGGCUGAUAACCCAGGAGUUUGGUUUAUGCAUUGCCAUCUGGAAAUCCACACGACUUGGGGAUUGAAGAUGGCGUUCUUGGUGGACAACGGGAAAGGGCCGAACCAGUCACUCUUGCCGCCUCCCAGUGAUCUCCCCAAAUGCUGAACGUCGGAGGGUUUGAAGAAUUCUCCUCCAUAUAAGAAUUCGGAGAAAAAAUUGUGACAACAGAGAGGUUGAGAGUUGAGUUUUAAUUUGUUUCUUGAGCAAAAAGUUUUGCUCAAGCAAGUGAGAAUAAGAGAUUGUAUGUGACUUAUUGAAAAUUUAUUUAAGAGCAAAGUAAUUUGUCCACCAUACACGCAUUAAUGUGGGAUGUUUUUUUUUUUAAUAAUGGUGAUUGCAUUGAAUUUGUUACGAUAUUUAGUGAUUCGAUUGUGUAUCAAAGGCGGUUCAUUAAGAUUCGUCACAAAAAAUUUAUGUUUUAGUAUAAGAAACCUUGGAUUGAUGAAUUGACAAUAGGGAUGGCAAUGGGUCGGGUUGGGUCGGGUUUUGCCAAACCCAAACCCAUGGGUUUAUCCGUGGAAAAAACCCGGGGUAAAACCCACUGGGUUUGAAAAACUCAAACCCAACCCAACCCGCUGGGUAUCCGCGGGUUCAUGGGUACCCACGGGUUUUUGUCGUAAAAAAUUUACAAUAACAAGUUCCUAUCAAAAUUAAAGUCAAAUAUCAAUCUCUCAAUACAAAUUAUCCAUAUUUAAAACACCAUUCUAGAAAAUUCAAGCAAAUCACAAAUUAACUAUACAAAUUGUUCAACACCAAUCUAGAAGACUCAAGAAAAUUGAAGUAAAUCAUAAAUUAUCCAUAAAUAACAUGAUUAAUUGAAAGCUUCUUCCUUUCAAUAAAGUUUCUUCACUCUCCACUCGAUAAUACAAACUUCAUUCUACACAAUUAGAAAGAAAAAAUUAGACAUGUCUCCACAAACAUAAAUAAGAUUAGUUGUUUAAAAUAUUAAAUAUAUCGAGAAAAUUAAUUAUAUGUGUGGGCGAGUACCCACGGAUCGGGUUUACCAAAAUCCAAACCCAACCCGGUGAAUAGUGAACGGGUUUAAACCCAAACCCGACCCAAAACCCGUCAACACGAAUUUUACCCGCGUUGACUGGGUUGGAUCGGGUAGGUACCCGUGGGUUCGGGUUUGGUUGCCAUCCCUAAUUGACAAGGAUGACCUUCCUCGUGACCCUUACAUGAGUUGGAGGAAAAUUGUUCCUCUUGUAAUCAAUAAUGUUCUUUUCCUUCCCAUGCUAAAUCCCACAUGACGGAUCAGAUCUCAUGGUAAAACCUAUAAGUUUGAGCAAAUAAUUAAAACAUUUUUAUUGGCCGAUAGAGAUUUAGUUAGUUAAUAGAAGGCCAGUGAUUAAUAGAUUGUUAAGGAUAAAUGAAUAUUUAAAUCUGUA